AUGGGAAAAAUCCGAGCCGAAAUUUUGGCAAGGGUUGAAAAAUUAGCAAAAACCAAGCUGAACGGGAGAAACAUGUUCAAGGCGAUAAAUAUGUUUGCAGUGUCCCUCCUGAAUUACUACACUGGAUUGCUAAGACUUUUACCGGAUGAUUUCGAGGCACUAGACUUGGACAUCCGCAAAAUACUGGUAAAACAUAGGAUACAUUACCUGAAUGCAUCCCCUGAAAGACUCUACCUUAAAAGAGAUCAAUGCGGACGGGGACUAGCAUCAGCAACCUUUAGAUCUGAAAAGAUGUUGCUAACAUUCUGGGACACCUUGAGAAAAGGUAGUGAGACAUCCAGACGCCGUGCAUUGAUAAUGAAAAUUGAAAAUGAAGACCUCACCCAUAUGUCACGCAUAGAAGGAUUUGUCAGAUGCAAAGGAGAAACUGCUACUGUAGACAACAUGGCCACAUGUUCAAUCUAA